CGGCCCGUACAGAGAGUCCCGCCCCCGGCAGCCGCGGGGGGCUGGCACGCACGCGCAUGCCCUGGCCGCUCGAGCUGUGCGGCUCGCGCUCCGCAACGGCCGCGUAGGGGGAGGGGAUGUCGACGGCCUCCAAGGUGGCGCUGGGCGUCUCCGUGCUGCUCUCGGCCGGGACGGUGGCCGCCGUCCACAUCCAGCAGAGACGCGUCAAGGAGAGGCUGCACGAAGGAGUAAUCAGAGACCUUGAGAGACAAAGCCGUAAACUGGAAAACAUUCGUCUUUUACAAGAACAGAUUACUCUGACCAAGCAACUUGAAGCAGAAAGAGACAAGAUAUUAAUGGAAAAGGGGUCCCCACAAUCCUAGACCUAGAACUGAAGUAUUAGAGUUUGGACUGAGGAGCACAGCAAGGAUUUGUAUUUGACUGUUCCCAGGUGUUUGAGUAAACAGAAGUCAUUUCUGAAAGUCCAUCUCUUUUAGAUACAUUUUAAUCAAGUCCAGGAAAUUGUAUACAUUAAGAAGUGCAAACACAAAGUUUUUUCUCUAGCUUCUGUAUUUUCACUUGUGCAGAACUAUUGUGUAGGAGGCUUCAUACCUGGCUGGCUCACCUUAUAUGGAUAGUAUUUUAAAUGCUGGGUGGGAGAGCCCUAUGUAAUGUAAAAAAAAUUUUCCUCUACUUACCAAGAAGGGAUGGAUAAUAACGUUCACAUGAGUGGGCUGAUGAGUCGUCAUGAUGACGAAGCUA